AUGCCGGACCAUGACAGCGACUCCCUUCUGAACAGACAGACCAAACGCAGACGAGUGGACAUUGGUGUGAAGAGGACAGUGGGCAGCAUAGGCUCAGGAGCCACCACUGCAGAUAGUAUUGCUCGCGCCAAAGCAGCCAUUUUCAGUGCCAUGAACUCUCUGAGCUCCCACUCUCACCACGGAUCAGACACAGACUCCAUGGAUUGCUCUGUAGUGCAGCCACACGGUGGGCCUGGCGUCAUGUCAGCGAGUGACAGUGAGUCCAAGUCAAAUGUGCUGCGAAAGCUACUGAAGAGGGCGAACUCAUAUGAGGAUGCCAUGAUGCCCUUCCCUGGAACAACAAUCAUCUCUCAGCUUCUCAAAAACAACAUUGCAAAGAAUGGUGGGGGGCAUGAUAGAGUUGACAGAGGUGAAAGGGACGUGGGCUUCUCCAACUCAGGGCUUUCCAACACAAGUUCAGAAGCACCUCAAGAAGAUGCAUGCAGUAACUCGUCCCAGGACAGCACCCCUCAAGAGUGCUUGUCCCCAUUUGGCCGACCCCCUGGCCUGGCCAAUUUUGACAUUGAGCGACUAAAUGAUGAACACCUGCGUGCCAAGAGAGCCCGCGUAGAGAACAUUAUUCGCGGCAUGAGCCACUCGCCCAGUGUGGUUGUCCCUGCUUCAUCUCGACAUGAGCGCGACCACGACAUUGACGCAGAUCGGGAGAUGGAGUUAGACUGCCCUCCCCCCAACUCCCAGCAGCAGGCCCCCAGCAGCCCCCGAGGAGGGGAGGUGUGCAGCAGUCGAGAGAAUAAGCGUAAACAGCGCCUGCCUCAGCAACAGCAACAGAGCUUCACUCAGCUGGUGUGUCAAAGAAAAGAGCAAAAGAUAGAGGAGCGCAGGCAACUCAAACUCCAACUGGAGGACAUGCAAAAGCAGCUGCGCCAGCUCCAAGAGAAGUUCUUUCAGAUCUACGACUCAACAGAUGACUCAGAACACAACGAGCUCAACAAUGACCUACAUAAUGAUAUAGGAAACAUGUCUGAGGACAGCCCUGCCCGUUCUGACAAUGGUGCCGACGAGAGAAGCGGAGAGGACUUACGCUCUGACAAUGAGAUGUCCGACCUGGACCCAGGCCAUUUUCUGGACAGGGCCAGAGCACUACUCCAGGAACAAGCUCUGCUGGAUGGAGACAAGCCAAGGAGAGAGGGGCUGGGACGUAAGGGUCCAAUACACCCUGAAGGAAAACAGCUGGCUGAAACGCUGAAGCAGGAACUCAACUCAGCCAUGACCCAAGUAGUGGACACAGUGGUCAAAGUGUUUGCCAAGCCUCCACGCCCCACACCUCAACAAGCAUUCCCCCCUCUCUCCCUACCUCCUGAAAGAUUUCCUCCCACAGUUAAUGGAGACAAUCCGAACUUCCACACAGCUAACCAGCGCCUACAGUGCUUUGGUGAUGUCAUCAUUCCCAACCCCCUAGACUCAUUUGCCAGUAUGCCUGGCUUGCCAGGGACAGCCAAUGACCAAACAGAGGCUUUGCCUCUAGUUGUAAGGAAGACUCCCAGUGAACACCACCACCACCACCACCAGUCCUCAGCCAUAGGGGCCCAUGGUGGGCAUCACCACCCAGCCCUUCACCCCUCCUCACUGUCUGCUUCUAUGGGCUUCAGCCCCCCAUCUUUCAGACACCCUUUCCCCAUUCCACUCUUAGGUUAUCCUUUUCAGAGCCCUCUGGGGGCACCCACAGGUGGUUAUGGAGGCAAGGACAGGUCCUCACCUGAUUCCAUGGACUUGUCCCGGGAAACAACCAGCCUGAGGACCAAGAUGGCCGGUCACCACCUGAGUCACCACCACCACCACCACCACCACCGCUCCCUUUCACCAGCACAUCCUGGCAGCACGGCCGAAUCACUGUCUCUGUCCCUCAUCAAAUCUGAGUGCAGCGACCUCCAGGACAUGGCCGACAUCUCCCCUUACUCUGGCAGCAAUAUCCAGGAAGGUCUCUCUCCCAAUCACCUGAAGAAGGCCAAGCUCAUGUUUUUCUACACACGCUAUCCCAGCUCCAACAUGCUAAAGAUGUUCUUCUCUGAUGUGAAGUUCAACCGCUGCAUCACGUCUCAGCUGAUCAAGUGGUUCAGUAACUUCAGAGAGUUCUACUACAUCCAGAUGGAGAAGUUUGCGAGACAGGCCAUCAACGACGGCGUGACCGGCGUGGACGAACUGGGAGUGAGCCGCGACAGUGAACUGUUCCGAGCGCUCAACAUGCACUACAACAAGGCAAACGACUUUGAGGUGCCAGAACGUUUCAUUGAGGUAGCGGAGGUUACGCUCAGAGAGUUUUUUAACGCCAUCGUGGCCGGCAAAGACGUGGACCCGUCCUGGAAGAAGGCCAUCUACAAAGUCAUCUGCAAACUGGACAGCGAGGUUCCUGAGAUUUUCAAAUCCCCCAACUGCCUCCAAGAGCUUCUACAUGAGUAA